GAGUCAGUAUUUAUAUUGCACUUUCCUUAUUGAUGUACAUCACGUCAGCGAAGGAAUUAAGUUGUAGAAAGAGAUCUAACAAUUGCAACUUUUAAGUAAAACUCACAAAUUUGACGUUGGAGAACAACUUGGAAAGUAAAAAAAAAAUAAGUAAAUAAAAUGGGAGACCCUCUGGUGGUCCAGGCUCAUCAACAAUGCACACAGGGAGCUGUUUUAUCUGUUGUCUGCCCAGCCUCAUCUGCACAGGCCCUCUGUAAAAUCACCAAUGUAUCAGUCCUGAAGGAAACAAGCAUUUCAAAUGGAAGCAACCUGGACCAAUCAUUGCUAGCCUGUGAUAAGUACAACAUCUACAUUGGCUUGGUCCUAGCAGUGAGCUCAAGUCUUUUCAUUGGCUGCAGCUUUAUACUCAAGAAGAAGGGCCUACUGCAAUUGGCUAAAAAGGGAACAACUAGAGCAGGAUUUGGUGGCCAUGCUUACCUCAAGGAAUGGAUGUGGUGGGCUGGACUUAUUACCAUGGGAGUAGGGGAAGCAGCAAACUUUGCUGCAUAUGCCUUUGCGCCUGCCACACUGGUUACUCCCUUAGGUGCACUGAGCGUUCUCAUAAGUGCAGUUCUUUCCUCCUACUGCUUGGAUGAGCAACUCAAUAUUCAUGGGAAGUUGGGCUGCAUGCUGAGUCUUCUGGGAUCAACAAUAAUGCUAAUCCACGCUCCACAAGAAGAGGAAGUAAAAACCUUAGAUGAAAUGGGAAGCAAACUGAAAGACCCCGGUUUUAUAGCUUUUGCCAUCGUUGUACUCACAGUCUCGUUGGUGCUGGUGUGCGCCAUUGCUCCAAAAAAGGGACAAAGCAACCUCUUGAUUUACAUCUCCAUCUGCUCUCUGAUUGGAGCCUUUUCUGUGUCUUCUGUGAAGGGCCUGGGUCUUGCCAUCAAAGAGCUACUUGAAGAAAAGCCAGUAUACAAAGACCCAUUGCUCUAUAUUCUUCUAGUGACAUUGGCGAUUUCAGUUAGCACCCAGAUCAACUACCUCAACAAAGCGCUGGAUACCUUCAACACGUCAGUAGUGACGCCAGUGUACUAUGUGUUUUUCACCACAGUGGUGGUUGCUUGCUCUGUAAUUCUUUUCAAAGAAUGGAACAGCAUGAGUGUGGCUGAUAUCUUUGGCAACCUCAGUGGAUUCUGCAUCAUAACCAUUGGCAUUUUUCUCUUGCAAGCCUUCAAAGACUUUAACUUUACCUGGAAGAUGCUACCUUCUAUAGCUAACAAGGGCAGCUAUCAUGUAGCAAUGAGUGGACCUGAUGACCAACAACACAAUCUAUUGGAAAACAUGGAUGACCAAUGCAUCAUGUGUGAGGAUGAAAGUAUGUCUGGCAAGAAAAUGGAACAGCUGAAGGAUAGCCACUAGAACAUUUAAAAAGUACUUACAUAAUGACAGUUUAUAUGCUGAUAUGGCACUAUAUUUAUUUUUGCUUGCACUUUGACAUUUCUUUUUCUUCAUAUGCAAACACAUUUACUUUUAGGACCUGGAAUGUUAGUAUUUUGAUCCAGAACAUAAUUUUUCAUGAAUUUUCUCUAAAACUAAUAUACAUUUUAAUAUCGAUAUUGUUCAUAUUACAGAGCUAUGAAAAGAACAAGUGUCUCAAAUGAAUUGCGCAACAUGAAAUUUUUAUUUUCCUACCAUUUGCAAUCUACUAAUCAAUGAUAAUUAGAUAACAUCUUCUGGCAGUGUGAAUUAAUAUACAAUAUCUAAUAGUUUGUCAUAACCUAAUCUAUUAAAAUCACUCAUAUAAAAUCAAUUUCAUUUGACAUUCUGAUAACAGUUCGCCAAGACACGACUCUUCUAAGUAGUGACCAAAAAUUAAAUUUCCAAGAUCCGUUGUUCAAGAGCAAAUCACUCAAAGGGCAAUUUGGUAAGAAAAUGGAUUUUAUAUUACAAGGGUGAAACAAAAGAAAAAUAGUUUAAAAAGAUCAAAUACGAGUAUUGAGCUGAUCAGUAAAACAGUGGUGAUAAUUAGGUAGGGUAAUACAAACCUCUUGGAUUUGGUCAGUCUACUAGGUUCCUUGUAUAGAGAUCAUUAUUGUGCAGUAGAUGCACUCCAAACCUAAAAGGCCAUUUUAAAAAACACCUUGUUGAACCAGUAAAAGACUGCUGAGACAGACAUUGAUGCUUAAUUACAACAAAAAGAACCAUUUUAAAUAUGGGACUGUCUAUGUAUGUCAAACUUCAUAUUUAUACUUUUAAAAAUGUAACUUUUGUAUUAUUAUUUAUAAUAGUGUAAUUUUAUAAAUAU